AAAAUAAAGAGAAAGAAGAAGCAAGUAAUCAAUUGUUGGCACUUACCUUACCUACCACCACCAUUCCAGCUUACAAAUAACACACCCACCAACUCACAUCAUGAAUCUCCUUCAAUUUGGGAUCGUAAAAAAUGUCAUCCGGCUUUGCGAAGAACACCGGAGGAAUCAUCAAAUGCAAAGCUGCGGUGGCAUGGGGAGCCGGACAAGCGAUGACGAUAGAAGAGGUGGAAGUGAGUCCCCCCCAACCCUCCGAAAUACGGAUCAAAGUUGUUUCCACUUCUCUUUGCCGCAGUGAUGUCACAGCUUGGCUCUCACAAGCACAACCUCCACUGUUUCCUCGGAUAUUUGGCCAUGAAGCAUCAGGGAUUGUUGAGAGUGUAGGAGAAGAAGUAACUGAGUUUGUAGAAGGUGACCAUGUUCUCACUUUGUUUAUUGGAGAAUGCAUGAGUUGCAAACAAUGUGUUUCUACUAAAAAAAGCAACAUUUGCCAACAACUGGGCUUAGAACGGAAGGGUGUUAUGCAUAGCGAUCAAAAAACUCGCUUCUUUAUCAAAGGGAACCCCGUUUAUCACUAUUGUGCUGUUUCUAGUUUCAGUGAGUACACUGUUGUUCACUCAGGCUGUGCUGUCAAAAUUACCAAAGAUGCCCCUUUACAUAAAGUUUGUCUCCUCAGCUGUGGCACAGCGGCAGGUUUGGGUGCGGCUUGGAAUGUUGCUGACGUUUCUAAGGGAUCAACUGUUGCCAUUUUUGGUCUGGGAACUGUAGGUUUAUCUGUUGCACAAGGUGCCAAAAUAAGAGGAGCUUCCAGGAUAAUUGGGGUGGACACGAAUCCCGAAAAAAAUGAGAAAGCAAAAGCUUUUGGAGUAACGGAUUUCAUCAACCCAAAUGAGGUGGAGGGGACGGUUCAGCAGGUGAUAAAGCAAAUGACUGAUGGUGGCGCUGACUAUUCUUUUGAAUGCAUUGGAGACACGGAAAUGGUAACUACUGCUUUGCAGUCAUGCUGUGAUGGGUGGGGUGUGACGGUUACCCUCGGGGUUCCCAAGACAAAACCGGAGGUAACAGCUCACUAUGGACUACUUCUUUCUGGUAGAACACUAAGAGGGUCUCUUUUUGGAGGAUGGAAACCAAAGUCAGAUCUUCCAAGCUUGAUUGAUAUGUUUUUAAAAGAGGAAAUCAUGAUUGACGAUCUCAUCACGCACAAUCUGCCAUUCGAAGACAUCAAUACAGCAUUCGAUCUAAUGGUUUCAGGGAAGUGCCUGCGCUGUGUUAUCCACAUGCCCAACGGAUUGAUUUAAUCUGUUCUUUGUAUUUUGAUCAUGUUAUAAGUGUCAUGUUUAUGCUGAAUAAUGAUUCAAUAUAAAAAGAUGAAUAGAAAUUGUGUGCUUGAAAGUAA